CGCACGACUAACGAGACCAAUACACGCCGAAAUGACAGGAACACGGGGCCCGGUGCCCGUACCGCUCGAGACGCAAGGUCAAAACCUCACACAAGACGUACUCGAUCUCCUCGACACGAAAGAGACGCUCCAGAGCAAUGAAGACUUCCCCGCUGUACCGCAGCGCGACAUCAAGGCAGCACUCGACAGGCUUGCCAGCCGAUCGAUGGUCGAAUACAAGACUCUGGACAAGGAGCAGGUCAACCUCACACCAGAAUCAGAAGGAAUUGUCGCGAACGGAAGUCACGAAUUCAAGGUCUGGAAAGCAGUGAAAGAGGCGGGGAAGAUCGCUAUCAAGGAAUUGCCUAGCAUUGUCGGCAAGGAGUCUGCGAGCGUAGGGCAAGGUAAUGCCUUCAAGAACAAAUGGAUCAAGAAGGACGGCACCGACCUCGUUCUCGUGGCCACAGAAGAGCCAGAGGAUAGCAUGCAGAAGCUUCUUAAGGGCAUUCAAGAGUCGCAAACCGUAUCAGACGCCAAGCAGCUCAAUGACCUGAAGAAGAAGAGGCUCGUCACGGUCACCAAAGUCAUCACAUACACUGUCACCAAGGGACCAAAGUACGCCAAGGAAAUGCCUGUGGAGCACACAGACUUGACAGCAGACCUCCUCGCAAGCGGUGCUUGGGAGACAGCGAACUUCAAGCCCUACAACUUCGCUGCGCUGGGAGCACAGCAAGAUGCUGGCGCAUUACACCCACUGAUGAAGGUCAGGCAAGAGUUCAGGAACAUCUUCUUCUCGCAAGGCUUUGUCGAGAUGCCUACUGGACACUUCGUCGAUUCUGGCUUCUGGAACUUCGAUGCUCUCUUCGUACCACAGCAGCACCCUGCCCGCGAUAUGCAGGAUACUUUCUUCGUCUCCGACCCACCUACGGCUGACAAGCCGCGCGCCGACCCCGACAGCGAAAGGCAGAUGGACCAGAUGGAGGCAAGCUCACAACGUCUCUUCUCGACAGGCGACAAGCGGGAAAAGAAGCCCAGGGAUUUCGAGAAAUAUUGGAACGAUGUCAAAAAGGUCCACGAGGAUGGCGCUUUCGGCUCAAUAGGCUACCGCUACAAGUUCAAGGAUGAGGAGACAUUACGUCUGGUCCUCCGCACACACACCACUGCCGUAUCAACAUGGGCGCUUCACCGAUUAGCAGAAGACCCGCGACCUGCACGCUACUUCUCAAUCGAUCGUGUCUUCCGUAACGAGACCGUCGACGCUACACAUUUGGCUGAAUUUCACCAAAUCGAGGGUGUCAUCGCUGAUUUCGGCCUCACACUAGGUGGCCUCCAGCGUUUCCUCGGUGACUUCUUCGCCAACAUGGGUCUUGAGAACCUGCGUUUCAAGCCCGCCUACAACCCCUACACAGAGCCGAGCAUGGAGAUCUUCGGGUACCACAAGGGUCUGAAGCGAUGGAUCGAGAUCGGUAACUCCGGCAUGUUCAGGCCUGAGAUGCUGGAGCCCAUGGGCUUGCCCAAGGACAUGCGUGUCUACGGAUUCGGUUUGUCUCUCGAGCGCCCGACAAUGAUGAAGUACGGUGUGUCGAAUAUUCGUGAGCUGCUUGGACACAAGGUGGAUUUGAGCUGGAUCAAGGAGCAGCCAGCUGUCCGUUUCGAUAAGGAGUAGACAAGCAGGGAAAGUCAAAAGGCGAAAACAGGUUAUUCAAAAGAGUUGCGGUCCUUGACCGAACGUUAGUUCUUGGGACGAAGAGCACGAUUGACAUGAUAGAAAUGCACCAAGCCUAUGGCGCCUGGCAGCACGAACUGGGAUGAUUGAACCCUUCGUCACGCAACAACACUUGUUGAAUAAAGAAAUACCAACGUCAGCAACCAGCCUUCGACCUUCAAGAAAGAAAUCGUUCUUCGGCACGUUCGCACAAUUUCUCUUCAUGUCUUCCUGUGUAUUCUCGCGCAUGGCUCCCGUCACGCCACCUGUCCCUUUUUGAAGUGCA